CCGACAUAAUUGUAGUCGCCAUCUUUGCUUCAAUCUUUCAGUCGCCUCCAGAUUUGCGGGCGUUUCAUCGCCGAUUUUCAAUGUUUUGCUCAAUAAAGUCACUAUUUUUUCUUUUGAAAGCAACGUAAAAAGUUUAUGGUAGCUUGCGUAACAGUUAAAUGUGAAAAUGAGCUUUUUCGGGUUUGGACAAACUGCGGAUAUCGAAAUUGUGUUCGAUGAUGCUGACAAACGAAAGGUUGCCGAAGUUAAAACUGACGAUGGAAAAAAAGAAAAAUUGUUACUCUAUUACGAUGGUGAAACUGUGUCAGGAAGAGUCAAUGUAACGCUUCGAAAACCUGGAUCAAAAUUAGAACAUCAAGGAAUCAAGGUUGAGCUUAUCGGUCAGAUAGAAUUAUUUUACGACAGAGGUAAUCACCAUGAGUUUAUAUCAUUGGUAAAAGAAUUAGCCCGUCCUGGCGACUUAUUGCAGCACACAUCGUAUCCAUUCGAAUUCGCCAACGUUGAGAAACCGUACGAAGUUUACACAGGAGCUAACGUCAGGCUAAGAUAUUUCUUACGUGCGACAAUAAUUCGUCGCCUCACCGAUGUUGUAAAGGAAGUCGAUAUCGCUGUUCACACGCUAUGCAGCUAUCCGGACGUUUUAAAUUCGAUAAAAAUGGAAGUAGGAAUCGAAGAUUGCCUCCACAUAGAAUUUGAAUACAACAAAUCGAAGUAUCACCUUAAAGACGUGAUAGUAGGUAAAAUUUAUUUCCUUCUUGUUCGUAUUAAGAUUAAACACAUGGAAAUAUCUAUAAUUAAAAGGGAAACAACUGGUUCAGGUCCAAAUACAUUCACAGAAAAUGAAACAGUUGCUAAGUAUGAAAUAAUGGAUGGGGCUCCUGUCAGAGGUGAGAGUAUUCCUAUAAGAGUGUUUUUAGCUGGAUAUGACUUAACACCGACAAUGAGAGACAUAAAUAAUAAAUUCUCAGUGAGGUAUUAUCUCAACUUGGUCCUUAUGGACACUGAAGACAGACGCUACUUCAAGCAACAAGAAGUCACACUGUGGAGGAAAAGUGAUAAAUCAAGGUUGCCAUUACAUAAUCCACACCACCCUCAGACUCUAGCACAUCCUUCAAUUGCUCCACAAAGACAGCUUAGUGCUUCAAGUGAGGAGAAUUCUGCAAGAGCUGUGUCACCAUCAAUGCCAGAUAAUGCAAUGCAGAGGUCUGUAUCUCCAUCAAUGCCAACCAUUGAUAAUCAUAAUGGACCCUCACAAAUGGAACAAGAAGAACCCGAUGUAUUACCAGAUAAAUUAUCUAAGACACACAUUGAUAUCAGUGAACCUCAAUCACCUGAUGCCAUUAAUGCCGAGAAAGCAGUCGAAAGGCCAAAGGUGUCAGAAAAACCUCUAGAUAAGCCACCACUGGAUGAUAACCCUCAGCCAGUAAAGCAACAAGAUCAGCCACCUGUUGCUGAAAAACCUCAAGUAGCAGAAAAAACACAAAUAAAUAACAAACCAAAGGUUGAAAAACCUGUAGCAGAGAAAAUUGCUGUUAUGGAAAAACCAUUACUUGCUGAAAAACCCCAAGUAGCAGAGAAGCCUAUUAUUGCUGAAAAGCCUGUCUUGUCACGACCUGAAAGUGUAGAAGCAACUCCGAGUCAAUAGCCUUCAUACACCGGUGCUGUUGAUAUCUCACUAGCCGGCGAAAUGAACUGUAUGUUUUCAUAUACGAAAACAAUUGUUUAAAAUGUCUAUUUUAAAUUAAGAAAAUAUUAAUACAGUUGUUGCAGCAAUUUGCUUAAUAUUAUUUUAUAUGCAAAUUGCAAUAAAGUCUUACAUAGACUGUUAUGGGUAAGUGUAUAGUGUUGCUAUAGCUAUAAACAGAACAAAUGUGCCGACAAUGAUUCAUAGAUAUGCUGUUUACAAGUUUUUUACAAAGGGCAUGUAGAGAGAUAAUAUUUUGUUGCUUUAAUAUGAAUUCAAUUAUAACAUUAAAACUUUUAGUAUAAAUGAUAUCUUCAUUGUUUUCUACAUGACAUUUUUUUAAUCAUUAGAGAAUACAAGGUUAUUAAUUGUUAGAUUUUUAAGACAUUUGCAAUAUCAAAAAAGAUAAUGAUUAACUCUCAUAGCCGAUUAUCUUUGAAUGCUCUGUUAUUAGAUUAUUAUCAAUCAAAGUUAGAUAGCUUGAAUAUCGACCUGUGUUAUAGGCCAUUUAAGUAUUGCUUCUUGUACCCAAAUGGUUUUAAUACUUAAAUUUUUCUAUUAUCUUUAUUUAUAAGCAUUGUUCAGUAUAUAUUUAGCUUAAUGCUGAUAUCCGUGUCUCAUCAAUGAUCUGAAAUUUGAAUGAAGACAGCAUAGUUCGUUAUUAUCCUCUUAAACAGUAUUUAUAGGUAAUGCCUUAUAAAAUUAGUGAAUCAUUUGAUAU